CUUUCAGUCAUGCACCGCUCACUGUACCGCCAGUGUAUAUAAUAUACUUCUCGGCGGCAUUUAUUUUAUUCUCAUCCGCGGUUGAUAGUUAUAAAUACGUGAUAAAUAAGAAGACAACUCAUUUUCCUCGACGCGCAUUUUUCCGUUUCUAUCCUCUCUCUCUCUCUCUCUCGUCUCAACUUCUUCUGCAGUGGACGCACGCGACGCAAAAACAUUUUAAUUUUUUAUUUUUCCGUGACGAACACUACUGCACUGCUGCGCACACCCGGAGACGACGCCGCCGCCGCCGCAUAUCAUUACCGUCGCGUUGCAACGCAGGUACGCCACUUGUCGCGCCCACGAAGAUAAGAAAAUACUUAAAACAAGAAACCGGCUCUGAUAACUUUUUGCCGUACAGAACCUUCGCGGUCGUGUCCGUCGAUGUUCGCAAAGGUCAGCAGCCGCUAAUCCGGCUAUCGUGUUCUGAUCCCAGACAGUUUUCGAUGGGAUAUUGCAAUCCGUUCGUAUCGAUUCGGUUUGUCAAUCGCAAGCUCCGUGCGAAACUUAUACCGCUCAGAUCUUAAGCCACUGCACAUCUUACUGUCGCUACGUGCCCUACGUGCUGCUGCGUGAGUGAUAGAUCAUUGUAAAAGGAAAAAAAAUAUCGAAAUUUCUAGAGAGAGAGAGAGAAAAACAACCGUAAAUCGACACGAGUGUUUUUCGUGAUAUUAAUAUAUUUGUACAGCAAAAAACAUCAAAUAAACGCGAGUGUUUGUGUGUUUUUUGCAGACCACGAUAAGAGUUUGUUUUUUACGCAACACCGCGAAACCAGUCUCCCAGCCAAAUGGCUUGGAUCAAACCGGAAGACGAAUCCAGAAUCAAAACGAUGCAAUAUCCAAGCGAUAUGCCCAUCUCGGAGGACCAAGUAGCCGAGCUGUUCGGUGAAGGCGCCCGCAUACACAGCGUGCAUCACCGGUCCAGGCCGGAGCAAUCCGUGUUCGCGUCGUCCAUGUCGUCGAGCGCCUCGGUGGACACCACUGUUGGCUCGACCGCUGCGCUCAUACACAGCCACGCGGCCAAGGUGAAGAAGAAGAAGUACGCGUUCCUUAGGCAAGGCAACGGCAAUCACCAGCAGGUGGCCAGCAACGGGUACAUCACCGGCCGACAUUGCCGGGGAGACUCGGGCGUGCUGUUCGGCCAGAAGGAGCGCAACAUUCGGCUAUCUGCGCCCACUGUGCCCAACCUCUUCGACCAAAUGAUCAAGAAGAAGCAGGCGCUCGACCAAGUGUCGGCGAAGCGGCUGAGCAGCGACGAUGACGACGACGACGACGACGACGACGAUGACGACGAGCACGACGAAGACGACGACCCGCGUCGCAAGACGGCCGUCAAGAUCCGCACGCCGCAGAACACAUAUGUACCACAGGUCCUCGCUUCACUAACAGUAUCACUAUGCUCAAUGGUAGUUGGAUUUGCGUCUGCCUACACGUCACCUGCCUUACCGUCAAUGAACAGCCCCGGAAGUCCGCUGUCUGUAAGCGAAGAAGAAGGUUCAUGGAUCGGCAGUCUCAUGCCACUGGCAGCACUUAUUGGGGGCAUGGCCGGUGGACCCCUCAUCGAAUCCAUUGGUAGAAAAACCACAAUUCUUGCUACCGGAAUACCUUUUAUUAUUUCCUUCAUUCUGAUUGCGAUGGCUGUCAAUGUUCAAAUGGUAAUGGCCGGUAGGGCCAUAGCUGGAUUCUGCGUGGGUAUUGCUUCAUUAGGUCUUCCCGUGUACUUAGGAGAAACUGUGCAGCCUCAAGUCAGAGGAACGUUGGGUCUUUUGCCCACAACUCUCGGUAACAGUGGUAUCUUAUUAUGUUUCAUAGCUGGAAAAUAUCUCAACUGGCAAAUGUUGGCCAUUCUUGGCGCUUGUAUUCCUAUACCUUUCUUAGUGUGCAUGCUUCUCAUCCCUGAAACUCCACAAUGGUACAUUAGCAGAAACAAAAACAAGAAAGCAAAGAAAGCUCUUCAGUGGCUGAGAGGCAAAAACGCAGACGUAACACAAGAAUUCAGCGAGAUCGAGAAAGCUAAUCAUGUGGGCAAAAAUGAAGAAAUGCCUGGAUACCUCAGCUUAUUCUCCAAAAUGUACUCGAAACCCUUGCUUAUAUCCAUGGGACUCAUGUUAUUUCAACAACUCAGCGGAAUAAACGCCGUUAUUUUUUACACCGUUAAAAUCUUUAAGGAAGCGGGAAGCACCAUCGACGAAAACUUAUGUACAAUCAUUGUCGGCAUUGUCAAUUUCCUGUCAACGUUUAUAGCGACCGGUCUUAUUGAUAAACUCGGCCGAAAAAUAUUAUUGUAUGCUUCCAGCGCAACGAUGGCAGUCACUUUGAUCACACUCGGUACGUUUUUCAACUACAAGAACAGCGGUGCCGACGUUUCCCAGUACGGAUGGCUGCCGUUGGCCAGUUUCGUGUUUUUCAUUAUCGGUUUCGCCAUCGGUUUUGGACCGAUCCCUUGGCUUAUGAUGGGCGAGAUUUUGCCAGCUAAAAUUAGAGGUACAGCGGCUUCAUUGGCAACAGCUUUCAAUUGGGCCUGCACGUUUUUAGUAACCAAGACAUUUUCCGACCUUUUGCGAAUUUUCGGAGCUGACGGCGCGUUCUGGCUUUUCGGUGGCAUUUGCUUACUGGGCCUCGUGUUCAUCAUAUUCUGCGUGCCAGAGACUCAAGGCAAGAGUCUCGAAGACAUCGAACGCAAUCUAACUGGUGUCGGCAAAGGUCCAGUGAGACAAGUGAGAAGAAUGAGUUCCAUAGCGCAUUUGAAACCACUACCGAUGGCCAUUUAAAAAAAUAGGACAACACAUACAUUUUUUUCUUUGGAACAUUUUUGCGGCAUUACAUUUUUGUGAUGACAAAAACGGGCUUAUUCUGAGUACCUCUAUAAUUUUACAUUGUAAAUUAACGUUUUUCAUACAUUUUAAUUAAUUGUUUUGACCAUUUUUAAAACGCAUUAGACUACACUGUUCUAAAGUGUAUUUUAUAAUGGUGCUAAAAUAUUUCAGACAAUAAUUAAUAUAAAAACAAUUUUAUGUUAUAAAUACCUGAACAAUAAUCAUUGAUAAUGAUCGUCAUUGUUUCCACAUUCCGGAGAGUUGGUAAAGUUCCAUUUUUUAAAUUAUUUUUUUCGUGCUGUGAUAGAGACAGAGCAUCCCUCCCUCCAGUGAUAAUGUUUACAUCGAUACACAUAGCUAAACCGUUUGCGUUUUAAUUUGUAAUAAUAAUCCCUCAACAAACCCUUGGAAGAUUUCUUAUUAAACUUAAGAAUAGAAUAUAAUGCAAUAUAUUAUUUAGCUGGGCACUCGUUAUUGUACUUACAAUUAAAUUUUCAUUAUUACACAAUAUGUCAAUACGCUUAAGCCACAUUAUAGGGGGAGGCCUUCUCAUUUGAAGGUGUAUGUUUAUGUAGAUUAACGUUUUUAAUAUUAUUAUAUAGGUGUAAAGUAAUAGUAACACUCGUUUACUAAAUCAGUGAACAAAUGUUUUUAACUAUUUAUAUUAUGUUUUUUUCAUUCAUUUUACAUUGUACAAUAUGCAGAAGGUAUUUUUUUC